AUGGCUACUCUAGUACCUCCUCCGAGCAAACGGCAGAAGCUCGCCGCUGCCGAAAAAUGGCAAAAGGCUGUCGAAGACUCAAGGAUACCUGAUGACUUGGGCAGCGUGCGGUUACAGUUUGUUGAUCAAAGCACCGGGAAAACAUCAGGCCCAGUGGUGGCAGUUCCUGUUAAAGAUACGACUGUGAAAAACCUUGAAGCUCUUCUGAAUACUCUACAAGGACAUGAACCCGACGAGCGACUUCCCUACAGAUUCUUUUUCCGCAAUGAUCGUUCUCCUACCGGCCCAGACUCAGACAUACUCGAUAUUCAGACCGACCUGUACAACUCAGUCCUCCGGCCUGGUUUCAAGACCACCGAGGACAAUAUCACCCUCCAGUUUAUUCCGCAAGCUGUCUUCCGUGUACGGGCGGUUACAAGAUGCUCCGCCUCCAUAUCAGGACAUGGAGAAGCCAUUCUGGCAACGGCUUUCUCCCCUGUGUCAGCUUCCAGGAUGGCCACGGGAAGCGGAGACAAUACUGCACGGAUAUGGGACUGCGACACCGGAACACCGCUGCACACCUUGAAAGGACACACGAGUUGGGUCCUUGCGGUUUCGUGGUCUCCUGAUGGUAACCUCCUUGCGACCGGUAGCAUGGACAAUACGGUGCGAAUAUGGGAUCCAAAGACUGGUGAGGCAUUAGGAGGGCCAUUAAAGAGUCACACAAAAUGGAUAACAAGCCUUACUUGGGAACCAUAUCACAACCAGGAACCCGGGAAACCUCGAAUUGCAUCCGCCUCUAAAGAUGGGACCGUGAGGAUAUGGAAUGCCCCACUUCGCAGAGUCGAACAAACUCUUUCUGGACACAAAAGUUCGGUCACCUGUGUCCGUUGGGGUGGGCUGAACCGCGUAUUCACUGCCUCACAGGACAAAACCAUUAAAAUAUGGAACUCGAAGACUUGGAAUUGCUUACAUACUUUGUCCAGCCACACACACUGGAUCAACCACUUGGCUCUAUCCACCGACUUUGUCCUACGAACCUCAUAUCAUGAACACGGCAGCAAAGUUCCAGAGACUGUCGAAGGAAAGCUGAACAAAACCAAAGCCCGGUUCGAAACCGCGGCAAAACAAGAGGGAAAACUCGUAGAGAGAUUGAUAUCGGCAUCUGACGACAACACGAUCUUUCUUUGGGACCCAUCCGCUAUUCCUGCAGACUCAAAUACUUCUGUCAAACCCAUUGCCCGACUCCUCGGACAUCAGAAACAAGUUUUGAACGUCUCGUUCUCUCCGGAUGGCCGAUACAUUGCUUCGGCGUCUUUCGACAAUAGCGUGAAAUUGUGGAAUGCGCGAGAUGGCAAAUUCAUUGCUACUCUGCGUGGACAUGUCGGUGCCGUGUACAUGGUGGCAUGGUCCAGCGACUCCAGGCUUUUAGCGAGCGCUUCAAAGGACACCACGGUCAAAAUAUGGGAUAUCCGGACUGGAAAAUUGAAGGAGGAUCUCCCAGGCCAUAAGGACGAAGUGUUUGCCCUCGAUUGGAGCCAGGAUGGCAAGUGUGUGGCAAGUGGUGGCAAGGACAAGCAGGUGAAGCUUUGGAAGCAUUGA